GCGGGGACAGCGGGGAGAGCGGCGGGGAUAGCGCCCGGCUUGAGUGGGACAGCGGGGAGAACAGCGGGGACAGCGCCCGGCUUUCUUGUAGUGGCUGGUGCCUGGCACCAACAUUCUCCACUUGGCUCCGUGGCUGGGAGAAAUGGCCAUGGAAGAUGCUGACAGGAAGACUGAAGUGGUACUGCUGGCCUGUGGGUCCUUCAAUCCCAUCACCAACAUGCACCUGAGGCUCUUUGAGCUGGCUAAAGACUACUUCCAUGAAACAGGAAAAUACAAAGUAAUCAAAGGCAUCAUUUCACCAGUGGGCGAUGCAUAUAAGAAGAAAGGUCUGAUCAGUGCAAAUCACCGAGUGACCAUGGCAAAAUUGGCUACAAAAAACUCUGAUUGGGUGGAGGUUGAUGAUUGGGAAAGCUGCCAGAGUGAGUGGCUGGAAACACUAAAAGUUCUAAGGUAUCAUCAUCAAAAGCUUUUAUCUCCCGAUGUCACUAAUAAUCUGCAGGAUGCUGUACCMUUAACAAAGCUGGGACGAAAGAGGAAACAGGAACCAAAUAGGCAUGACCCCAUUAAAAAGAAAAAUCWGAGUCCAGAUGUAAAAAGUGUCCCACAGGUUAAAYUGCUUUGUGGAAGUGACAUGCUGGAAUCUUUUGGGAUCCCCAAUCUGUGGAAGUUGGAGGACAUCACYGAAAUUGUGGAAAAACACGGCCUUGUAUGUAUCAGCAGGGCUGGAAACAAUGUUCAGAAAUUCAUCUACGAAUCUGAUAUUUUGUGGAGACAUAAGAAUAACAUUCAUCUUGUGGAAGAAUGGAUCACAAAUGAUAUUUCCUCCACCAAGAUCCGGAGAGCUCUGCGGAGGGGCCAGAGCAUUCGCUACCUGGUACCCGAUGGAGUCCGGGCGUAUAUCGAGAAGAACAACCUGUACAGUCCUGACAGYGAGGACAGGAAUGCUGGGGUGGUCUUGGCUCCCUUACAGAAAUAUGCAAGUGACUCCAAGAACUAGCAGGCACUAAGCAGCCACAGUCUGCUGUGGAAAAAACUACGUUUCAGUACAGGGAAGUGUGUUUUCUAGGGAUUGGUUGGCUAAUUCCAUGCAUCUGUAGUUACUGAUGAGGUUUGGUGCACUCAGUGAUUGGACCUACGAAACCUUUUUCAAGUCCAAUAAUAAGAUUUGCACAUUUCAACAUUUGGUCUCAGUGCACUGAACUGAGUAUUGCAACAGUGCUUUACUACCAUAACCCCCUAACACCAAAUUAUGGGUGAAAUGUUACCAUCUGAGUCCAGAGGAAACAGUAAUUUUCAUYUGUCUGUGCCAUUCUUGGUUUAGUGUCGGUUAGAGAACAAUAUCCAGCUGCAAACAGGAAAGAAGCUCUGACGUCCUGAGUUCCUACUCGCAUGAUCCUGUGAGUCAUGAGGGUCAAUCUGCCAGCUCCAAAAAUGGAGCUAAAGUUCGGGGAGACUUCUCUGCAAAGUGUUAUCCUUUUAUUCAGCUUAACACGAGUCAGUAAAUAAAUAAAUGUAGCUAUAGGUGUGUUUCCUCACAUGUAAAUCCCUUAUUUCCUCACUUGAAAAUUUCCUAUAUCCUUUGUCUUCAAAGUCAAGCRUCUUUUAUUCACUUUUCAAAACACAUUGCUGGAUCUUUAGGGAUUUCUAUCACUUCUUUGCUGAAGGUGAAGUCCCACACUGAAGCUUAUCUGCUGCAUCCUGUUCUCUACUGCCUGUGUGCUCUGCCACAAUGUGUAGCAUCUAAUAAAG